AGGUUGCCUCCUGCCCUGUGGAUGACCCUAGGAGAUGACAAUGAAUGAGGUGAAAGAGUCCCUCCGCAACAUUGAACAGAAGUACAAGCUCUUCCAGCAGCAGCAGUUCACGUUCAUCGCAGCUCUGGAGCACUGCCGGGAGACCGCUCAUGACAAGAUCCGGCCCAUUGCCAGCAUCGAACAGGUACAGAGCUACAUGGACCAUUACUGCAAUAGUUCCACAGACCGGCGGGUGCUGCUCAUGUUCCUAGACAUCUGCUCUGAGCUGAACAAGCUCUGCCAGCACUUCGAGAACCUACACUCGGGCACCCCAGUCACCAACAACCUCCUGGAGAAGUGUAAAACCCUGGUUAGCCAGAGCAACGACCUGAGCUGCCUCAGAGCAAAGUACCCGCACGACGUGGUGAACCACCUCAGCUGUGAUGAGGCCAGGAACCACUACGGAGGCGUGGUCAGCCUCAUCCCAAUCAUCCUGGACCUGAUGAAAGAAUGGAUCGCCCACACAGAGAAGCUGCCCCGCAAAGUGCUGCAGCACGGGACGACUUAGCUUCUGUACUGUUGCUUCCUCGGGGGGGACAGUCAAGAAUAAAAAAUGUUUUACCACCU